AUGUCAAGCGGAUGCCCCAGUGCCCCCCCCAGCGGACUCGGUGGGGACAUGGCUUCGCUGAUGCCCCUUUCCCCAUAUCUAAGUCCCACGGUCCUCCUGCAGGUCAGCUGUGACCUGGGUUUUGUGCGGGCAGACCGGCCUCCCUCUCCUGUGAAUGUGACGGUCACUCACCUCAGAGCCAACUGGGCCACUGUGUCCUGGGACGUCCCAGAAGGCAACAUCGUCAUUGGCUACUCCAUUUCCCAGCAACGGCAGAAUGGCCCCGGGCAGCGUGUGAUUCGGGAGGUGAACACCACCACCCGGGCUUGUGCCCUCUGGGGCCUGGCUGAAGACAGUGACUACACGGUGCAGGUCAGGAGCAUCAGCCUUCGGGGAGAGAGCCCCCCAGGGCCCCGGGUGCACUUCCGAACUCUCAAGGGUUCUGACCGGCUACCUUCAAACAGCUCAGGCCCAGGUGACAGCACAGUGGAGGGUCUUGAUGGAGAGCGACCACUGCCGACUGGGGAAGUGGUCAUCACUGUGGUGGUGUUGCUUAUGUGGGCGGCUGUAAUUGGGCUGUUCUGCCGUCAGUAUGACAUCAUCAAGGACAACGACUACAACAAUUCCAAGGAGAAGGGAAAGGGGCCAGAACAGAGUCCUCAGGGAAGGCCAGUGGGGACAAGACAGAAAGUCACCAUCCAUCAACACCAUCGACGUUUGAGGGAAGAAACACAGCCAGAAGAGAGAUGCACUAACAACUUGGGGAUGGGGGUGGGGUCAGGGAAAGCCCAAGAUGGUGAUCUGCUGGAGACUCCGAGGGUAAUAACACGCCCACAAUCUCAGGCCUGGUACCCAUCCUCUUUCCACCGUGAGCAGAGCCAGUCUGUUAAGAGUCUGUGCCCCUGGACCUGGGGAGCGGAGAUCAGAUGGGACAUCUCCUCCCAUCCCCUGGUCCAGGGGAGAGUCACUUGUUCUACCCUAUCCCAUUAGGUCCCAAAUGGGGACCCCAUUCCACCUGUAUCAGGACUCUCAGCAUCCCCAGCUGCCCCCACAUCUUGCCUCUGGGCCUCAGAGGGCGGUGUUUCUGUGGGUACUCCUCUUUCCCCAGCAAACAAAAGGAAUUGUCACAGCCUAGAGGCAGAUGCUGCACUGCACUACUCCAGUGUCUUCCAUGGAGCCUCAGGUGCUCCCCCUCUCACCUGGCAGCCCCUUCAGCUGCCAGUGAUCUCACUCCUUGGACAUUUUUCCAAUAAAGGUUCGUGGACAAACUGGA